UUGUUGUGACAGUAUUGUUUUCUAUAUCAUUAAAUUACUCUAGAUAAUGGGGGGAAAGGAUGAGAUGUUUGGGUUUUGUUUUCUAAUUUCUGAAAAGAUUAACCACUUUUUCAUAAUGAUUUACCACUUUGAUUAUUGUGAUUAUGAUCUUGGAAUAUAAUUGAACUCCUAACACUUCAUUUUAAUCUCAUAUGGUCCCACCGUAUGUUUUGGAUCAUAUCUGUGUAUAUAUAGAUGAAUUUUUAGCUAUCUGUAUAUUGAUAAUGCUUCAUCAAGUGCUUCUGCUACUAGACAAAUUGUAUUUGGUUUAUAUAAAAAAAUACCUCAAAAAUUAAGAAAUGACACCAUAUGUGUGUGUUCUGUAGAUAAGAAGAUAAAACAUUUAUGGUUGGAGUAUUUUAAUUUAUAGGUCAAAAACAGUUCACUCCAAUUCUUUAGUUUAAUGGUUUAUAUCCUUCUGGCAGUAUUAGACUUUGACGUUCAAAAACUUGGUGGUGUGUGUUGUGAAAUCUGAUUGCAUAUGAUUUGAGUGCUUUUCCGGGAAGAGCUUUGGUACAAUCUGUUGAUAAUUGAGAGCACAAGUCUUUUCUUCAAAGAUCUUUCUCCCAGGAAUGUUUGAUAAUUUGCUACAAACACAACGUUGUUCUGGGGAUGAGAAGUUUUGAGGAAGCCGGUGCUUAAUGGACUGCUCACCCACCAGCUCUGACAAGAAAACGUUAAAGAGGUGGUUCUUCAUAGACAAGAGGGUCGGGUAAAAUUAUCUCAGUUUUGGAGCAUAGUCUGUGUUUCUGACAGAAUUUCUUUCAUACCAAACCCUGUACUGUGAUUGUACUUUUUAAGUAAUUUGAAAACCAAUCUGGAUCCAAUGGAGUUGAAGACAAACCAUGCUGCUCCAGUUCUCACUGAUCCUGCACCUACUAUAAGUAAGUCGAGACUAGGCAUCCAUUCUAGUUUGUUGCCAUAUUCACAGCAAGGAGCACCAUUCUCUAGCAAGUAUAUCACAAUUCCAAGGAAAAAACCAGGAAAGCUUGAUGAUGUUUGGUCCAAUGGUUGGCUUGAUGCCAUGAAAUCUUCUUCACCUCCCCGAAAGAAGCUCAAUAAGGAUUUCAGUGUUGAGGUUGCUUCAGAUGAUAAUGACAAUGCUUACCUCUCUUGGAUGCUUAAGCAUCCAUCAGCACUCAAUUUUUUUGAGCGCAUUACAAGUUUUGCAAGGAACAAGAAGAUAGCGGUGUUUCUAGAUUAUGAUGGGACUCUUUCACCCAUAGUUGAUGACCCUGAUCGUGCGUUAAUGUCUGAUGCCAUGCGCGACGCUGUACGAAAUGUUGCAAAGUAUUUUCCAACUGCAAUCAUUAGUGGAAGAAACCGCGAUAAGGUUUAUGAGUUGGUAGGAUUAACAGAACUUUAUUAUGCUGGAAGUCAUGGAAUGGACAUAAUGGGUCCUGUCACUAAUACAGACAGUGUGAAUUCUACUGACCAGCAGGGCAAGGAGGUAAAGCUUUUCCAGCCUGCUAAAGAGUUUUUACCUAUGAUCGACGAGGUUUUUAGAACCCUCGUUGAAAAUACUAAGGGAAUCAAAGGCGCAAAAGUUGAAAAUCACAAGUUUUGUGCUUCUGUACAUUACCGUAAUGUAGAUGAGAAGAAUUGGUCAACAAUUGCUCAACGUGUUCAUGAUGUCCUAAAAGACUACCCUCGUUUACGAUUAACUCAUGGGCGGAAGGUUUUAGAGGUCCGCCCUGUAAUUGAAUGGAACAAGGGAAAAGCAGUUGAAUUUCUGCUUGGAUCUCUUGGGCUAUAUAGUAGGGAUGAAGUGCUUUCAAUAUAUAUUGGUGAUGAUAGGACUGAUGAAGAUGCAUUCAAGGUCUUAAAGAAAAAGAACCGAGGAUAUGGAAUUCUGGUAUCUCCUAUUCCAAAAGAAACCAGUGCCUUUUAUUCUCUCAGGGAACCAGCAGAGGUGAUGGAAUUCCUCAAGGCCUUGGUGAGCUGGAAGGAUCAGGAAGAAGCCAAUUGAGCUUGAACAUGGAGAACUUAAUUAGUGAUCUGAAUAUAGUAUAGGCUUUUGGUUUUGAAUUUUGUACUCAAGAAGAAAUGUCAGGCUGUUAAAAGCCGGCUGGUUUGUCUAUAGUCUCAGUUCAGUGCUUCUCAAUUAUUUCAUGUCUAUUUCGCUUAUAAGAAAAGUCUUUUUGUCCUA